AUGGGCGCCGAAUUCACAAAGACUCUUGACAAUCGCAAUGAUUUUCUUGUGGCCGAGAAGCACGAAGGUGAAAAGUUCAAUGCAGUUCAAAAGAAAUGGCCCGGAAUAAAAGUCGUAAAUCACUUUUGGAUUGAACAAUGUUUCGCAAGCUGGAAUUUUUUGGAUCCAACGAAGCCCAAUUAUGGAAAAGAAGCAUUCAAAGUUCCAAAGAUAGGCUCAACUACAGUAAAAAUUUCGCUUCUUGGUAUCCAAGUUCGAAAUAAGGUCACUCUGGAUGUUGAGGAUAGUGCCACAGAAGGGUUUUGUGUUGAAUCAACUCCUGUAACAUCACCCUGUAACAAGUUGGGUGAGCAGAAUGGUGAAAGAAAAGGCCCUGAAGAAGCCAGUAUAGCCAAACAUUCGAAGAGAUCUUCACCUGUGAGUAAGCAAACACCCACACAAUCUCCCGAAGAUGUUCUGGUUUUGCAGAUGAAGGAGGCACAAUAUCUAGAGAGAAAGCGUUCGAGUCGAUCGGCAAAACAAAAAGCAACUCUUAAACUUCACAAUGAUAUGGAGGACUUGAAUAAUUAUACCUCAAUGCUGAAGUCGGUGCGUAAAAUGAACACCUACAUGAAGCAGCUCGAAGAAAGCGUGGAUCAUAUGUCAAAGAGGAUAGCAAAAGACUCAACUGAAGGACGUGAUGCUGAGGAUUCAGACGCGGCAGGAGAACAAGUGAAGAGAAGAAAAAAACAAGCCAGUGCUGCUCACAAGGUAGUCAUAAUGACAGGCUGUGAACAAGAGAUCACUCUUACACGCGCCGAUGUUGUUAGCCUUUCAAGAGUCGGCAUCACUGUUGCAAACGACUUUGACGCGAAUAACCCUAUAGAUGCAAUCAUUGCGCCCAGAGUAUUGAGAACUGAAAAGUUUCUUAAGUGCUUAUCGCAAUGUACGCAAGUGCUUCAUCCUAAAUACCUCAUUGCAAUCAUUAAGGAAAUCAAAAAGUCCCCUAAGCUAGAUUCAAUAGCUGUCAGAACCUUAUUUCCAUCUGAGGAUUUCUCCUUAGAUUUGUUUGUCCCCAUUGAAGAAAUCAACAAACAGUUAGGGAUUAAAUCAAAACAAAGUGGCUUAAAGUUACUACUCGACGCUCCCAAUAAAGGAUCUGUUUUCAAAGAUAUGAAGCUAAACCUUUCUCAUAACUUGAAUGGUGGAGCUACCUUGAUUAAGAGCAUCUUGAAGGAACACGGACUAAGCGAAGUAAAGAUUGUCAAAUUAACAAGCUCAAUUGACCGCAAAACUUUACUAUCCGACGCAAGUGGCAGAAGCAUCAUCGUCGCCAACAAGGAAAAAGACGUGAGGGCGGUGAGAUGUUUAUCGUCUGACCAUUCGAUAUCUGUCUGUUGGGAUUGGUGCGUUAAAUCGAUCUUCAAGCUGACGAUUGUUGAGUUCGAAGAGUUUCAGAUUCAAUAA